AUGUCACGUCCCUACACUUUCAUCCAUCUCCACACACUCGAUCUCCGCACACACGACCUUCCUUCUUUACAUCUAUCCCAUUCCCCUCGUUCCUCCAUUUCCAAACGAGUCACUCACUUUCUCCCUGUAUAUAUCAUCGAUUCCCGUCAACUUGAUAUCUUCCAUUUACCCCACGCUCUUCCCUCUCUUCCUCCACGCCUACCCAACGCUAACUCUCCGGCAGAGGACGGUUCCGGUGAUGGUGAGCAAGAUAAGGGUGUCAACAACACUCGACCAUCCCCUCGAUCUCGAGUAGCAAACUUUCAUCGAACUUCUCCUUACCGUCUUCGAUUCUUACUAGAAUCAAUUUUCUAUCUCCGGGAUACUUACCGACGUUCCGGUGGAGAUCUCCUGAUAGGCUACGGUAGACCAGAUCGACUUCUUCCGGUCCUCAUUGAGAAACUGAAAGAAACGUCAGAGAUCGAGGGAGUAUGGGCACAAGACGAAGUAACUGUAGAAGAGAAAGAUAUGCUUGACAAUCUCGAAGUCGCCUUACAGAAGAUAGGAGUCAAAAUGAACAAAGUGGAUAGUAAAACCCUGGUAGCAAUCAAAGAUUUACCUUUCGAUCGACGACAAACGCCUGAUGUUUACACGGCAUUCAGGAAGAAUUGCGAAGGAUUAGGUUUAUCUCUUGGAGGAAUGUUGAAACAACCACUUCGAACAUCUCAUUUGAGCCAAGGAAAUAUCAAGAUUGAUAUAGAUGGACAACGAUUGAAACCGGCCCCUCAAAUGGAAUUCUCUACCCUUCCAGAAGGAUGUGGUGUCUUGGGGAAAGACACAAGUGUGGUAGAAAUAUAUACGAAACUUGUCAAACCUCUCCUCGAUACCCCGCCAGUGGGGGGAUGGUCUCAAGCUGCAAAGGACAACAAUGCUCUGCCAGUGUUCCAUCCUAGCUCGGCUGUUCCAUUUGAAGGAGGUGAGAAGGCGGCUUUGGAAAGGUUGGACGAUUAUGUGGGUCACGAAGAUGGAAAGGGGUGGACUGGUGGGGGCAAAGCGAAACAGUAUAAAGCCACGAGAAAUGGAAUGAUAGGUGAAGGGUUCAGUACCAAGUUUUCCUGCUGGUUGAGUUUGGGUUGUUUGAGUGCUAGAGAGAUAGGAUGGAGAGUUGGAGGAUUAUUGGAAAAGGUGGAUAGAAAAGAUAAGGAUACUUACAAUAAUGUGUAUUGGAUCAUCUUCGAACUUCUCUGGAGAGACUUCUUUCAGUCUACAGUUUACAAAUAUUUUUUUUCUUCGAAAUCUUCACUCUUUCUGCCCAAAGGUUUCAGCGAACAGAUCAAUACUUAUCCAAGAUCUCAACGUCCAAAUCCACAAGAAUGGCAUUAUCCAAAUUGGGAAAACGAGGAUGAUCCCGCUCGACGAUGGUGUGAAGGAAGGACAGGUGUACCUUUUGUAGAUGCGAACUUGCGUGAAUUGAGGGAGACUGGGUGGAUGAGUAAUAGAGGUAGACAGAAUGUAGCUAGUUUUUUAGUGAAGGAUUUAUAUGUAGAUUGGCGAGUUGGUGCUGAAUUUUUCGAAAUGCAUUUAGUAGAUUAUGAUACUUGUUCCAAUUGGGGGAAUUGGCAAUAUCAAGCUGGAGUAGGUAACGAUCCACGUUCAUCCCGACAAUUCAAUCCUCUCAAACAAGCAAAAGAUUAUGAUCCUAAAAAUGAUUAUACAAAAUUAUGGUUGUCCGAACUCAAAGUGUUACCCCCUACGUUUGUUCAAACUCCAUGGUUACUUGACGAUAAUCAAAAACCUAAAGGUUACCCAGUCAAACCAGUGGUGGAACAACAAACUUGGCAUAAGUUUUAUCCUCGUGGAUCUCAUACUUCCACACAUAGACACGGGGAGAAUACGGGUCAACACGAUCGAGGUGGUGGUCAUGGGCAUGUUCGGAAGGAAGGCAGGAACGGACGUGAUGGUCAUGAGGAUAAACGUGCACAUGGGAGGUCAGAUCAGGGCUUGUAA